AUGGAUACCGUCAAUCCCAAAACAACUCAUUUCGAGUUCUUUGGGCCUGUCGGUGCAGCUGCUGUGACAAUAGGCACACCACUUCUCACGUAUUGGCUCUUUCUAGCGUGCACACCCACACACUGUGCAACAGCCAGCUUGCCUAUCUUACCACCACUCCAAGACUUCCUGACUCUUCAAGCGUGUGGGCUGUAUGCUGCAUGGUUCCUGCUUUUAAUGGCAUUAUACUACCUCUUGCCAGGUGAGCAAGUACAAGGCCAACCCCUCGUCACAGGUACCAAGCUAAGCUAUAAAAUCAAUGGCUUCUCAUCCCUCAGACUCAUCCUCGCUGUGGUUGUAGCUGGGCUAUUUAUGAAUCCAAAAUUCCUGGAACCGUUAUGGGAACAGACCUUGCCACUCCUCACAGCAUCCCUCUUGGCAUCGAUUGGAUUGGCGUUAUGGAGCUACACAACGUCGUAUACACAAGAUAAAGCACUCCUUGCACAUGGUGGCAAUAGUGGCAUCUUCAUCUAUGAUUUCUUCAUUGGACGGCACCUGAAUCCACGAUUAUUCAAUGGAUCCUUUGAUGUCAAGUAUUUCUGCGAACUGCGACCAGGACUCUUCCUCUGGGUCUUACUGAACCUCGCCAAUCUGAUGCAUCAGUAUAAUACCACAGGCACCGUGGGCCUUGGUAUGCUGUUGGUCUGUGCCUUUCAAAUCUGGUAUGCAACCGAUUCCGUCAUCAAUGAGGAAAAAGUCCUCUCAACCAUGGAUAUCACAACAGAUGGCUUCGGUUUCAUGCUAGCAUUCGGUGAUCUCUGCUGGGUCCCGUUUGUGUAUUCUCAGCAAUCACGAUACUUGGCCUUGCACCCCGUCACCCUCUCUUGGCCAAUUCUCGCAGCAGUGGUAGCGUCGCAAGCUAUUGGAUUCUACCUCUUUCGCAGUGCCAAUUCACAAAAAGAUCGCUUCAGGAAUGACCCAACGCACGCGAGCGUCAAGGACCUGCGAUUCAUCCAAACACAGCGUGGCACAAAAUUACUCUGUGAUGGAUGGUGGGGGAAAGCACGACACAUCAAUUAUUUGGGUGAUUGGAUCAUGGCUUGGUCGUAUUGCUUACCCACUGGAUUUGGCAUGCCGCUCACUUACUUCUAUGUCGUUUACUUUGCCGUUUUGUUGAUUCAUCGCGAACGCAGAGAUGAGGAUAAGUGUAGUCGUAAGUAUGGCAAGGAUUGGCUGGCGUAUAAAGCCAAGGUCCCUUGGCGUAUCAUUCCAUAUGUCUAUUAG